AUGGAGCACUACGCCCCCCACCACAGCGCCAAUUUCGAAGGCUUCUACUCCAAAUUCGACUUCGCCAGCGGCUCCCACAUCGCGCUCAUCAUAUGUUCUGUCCCCAAUGCCUCAUCACGCCCUCACAUGGUAUCCUUCACAUAUUACCCAGCUUCCGGAAAGCCAAUAUUCCAACGCGAGCUUUUCAUCGACAACAUAGAGCGCGUGACUACCAACGAGAAGACCAAGGCGUUCGAAUUGAGGAUCGCAGGCAUGGGAGUCAUGAGGGCCGAGGGGGAUGGCACGACCAGUUACGACCUGCAAGCUGACGAUGGGAGCUGGAGUCUAAAAGCACAGGGUGAUAGCUACACAGCAUGGGGAGCCGACAAAUCCACGCCCGAAGGAUGGAUCAUCAACCUCCCGCUACCGCUACACUGGCAUGUACAUUCGCUCUGCUCGCCGUGCACGUAUACGCUAUCCAUACCCUCUCUCGGCGACACGUUUCCCACAGCAGACCGCAAGGGAAGAGCAACCAUCCACCAGGAAAAAAACUGGGCAAACAGUUUCCCCGAAGCGCAUAUGUGGGUACAAGCCUGGGAUGCGUCUGAAAACCGCGGCAUCUGCCUCGCCGGCGGCAAGAUCCUAUAUAAUACAGCUUACAUGCUGGGCUACCGCUCGCCAGCGCUGAACCUGGAUUUUGUACCGCCUUUCUCCGUCAGCUACCUCAACAUUCUGAGCCCGUUCAUGAGCACAACGAACGAUUGGGAGUCCCGCACCUUCUCGUUAUCCGUGUCUAACUACUUCCACAAGCUCGAGUUGAAAGCCCAUGCACCCAAGGAGCCGGGCUGGUUUGGUCUUGCGAGUCCGUUUCCAGAUGGCCACAGGAAGAAUACUUGUAUUGAGAGCUUUAUUGCGACGGUUGAGGUGGAGAUCUUUGAGAAGAACGGGUGGAUGCCGUGGAGUGGCUGGAAAAGGAUCAAGACGGACAAGUUUGAGGGCGCUAGUUUGGAAUUUGCAGGAGGGUAUUAUCCGGAGCGGGGGGAGGGGAAGAAGGAGUAG